AUGGACAACGUUAUCGCUUCUAUUCCUCUACAUGAGGUCGGGCGAUUAGUUCAUGAGUUGUAUAAACCGAUCCCACCCGAAACCUUCAACCGCAUUCAAGAAAUUCUUCUUGCCAUCCAGAAAUCACCAAGAGGAUGGGAAGUUGCACAGGCCUUGACAGGCCAGCCUGAUGCGGAUGUCAAAUUCUAUGGUGCUUUGACGUUCACAGUCAAGCUCAAUACUGAAAAAUUAUCAGAUGAAGAUGCAACAACCUUACUUCAUCAACUCAUAGUAUUCCUUAUUAGCCAUAUAAUAGAUGGAACACCCUCUUUCGUCUUGAAGAAGCUUUGCGGCACUCUUGUCACCUACUUUCUUCAUUACAUGCAUUUGUGGCCUAAAUGCAUACCACAUCUCUCAUAUUGUUUGCAGAGACGCAGUAGUCUACCGCUCGAUAUUGUCGACAAUGAUUCUCCUGCUGCCUUUCAAGAGUCGGUCCAGUCGCUAGACUCUGAAAGCUACUAUGCGAUUACGUGGUUUGUUUCGUUCCUAGGUCACGAAAUAGAAAAAAUUGAUCAAAAGUCCGUCAAAUGGAAGUCCUUUCGGGAUUGGUUCAAUCAACGUCUCGGCGAUAUCGUGUUACUCGUUGGACAUGGUCUUGACCCCUCUAACCCCCGAAACUCUCGUAUAAAAGAUUCCUUGGACUGCUUGCAGCCAUGGCUCAAGUAUACUGGACGAAACGAGGCUAGAAUGCCAAUUCUGGAACAGUUCCAUACAUUGGUCGAUCCCAUCAUUAACCUUCUUCCCAACGAUGAAACGUAUGACCCCACCAUUGAACUUCUUACCACCCUCUUAGAGGAUUGGCCGACGUUCUUCAAGAAAGAACAUUAUGAAUCCCUCUAUGUGGUUUUUGAAAGCGCAUGGGGUCAGGAGAAGUAUCGAGUACUGAUUGAGAGUGACGAUAUGGAAGAUGAAUCAGUUCGAUAUGGAUCAUUUAUGCUAGCAUUCGGUCUGAGCGAGAUCGUGGCGAUACAUAAUGCAAGCGAUGAAAGAGCCCAACGAUUUCUCACAAGUCUCGUUGGUUUGCUGAGGGCAAAGGGGUAUCCUGGUGUUGAUGAUAGGAUUUUUGUUCCAGCCCUCGAAUUCUGGAGUAAUAUUGCACAAUUCCUUCCAGACUCUCCAGAUUUUUCACCAGAGAAUCCACAAUGGGAUAAGCCACCUCUAUGGCAGGUGAUGCAAGCUGCUUCGGAAGGGUCGCAGAAGAUCAAAUAUCCGCAUAUUAGCGUGUAUAACUCUUGGGACUCAUCCGAGAAACUCGCGUUUGGGGAAGCGCGAAAAGACGUCGGCGAUUUCCUAGAGAUGGUUUAUUCUCUAGUCGGUAGCCCAUUGCUUUCGAUAUUCGCCGAUAAAUUACUAGAAGCCUUAUCCCGAUCGGCUUGGGCUGAACUUGAGGCAGCUGCCUUCUGUUUUUGCAGUCUAUCUGACUGUGCGUGGAGAAACGAGUCAAACGAUGAGAUUAUGACCAAGGUAUUCGGAUCCCCUCUAUUUGACACACUUCUCGUAGGGCAAAAUUUGGUACCCGUUCGAGCUAGACAGACUUGCCUCAAUAUGAUAGACCGGUACUCGCAUUAUUUUCAAGUCCACUCCGAGUAUCUACCAGCUGCGUUGAACCUCCUCUUUAGCAGCAUGAGCGAUCGACACCUUGUAGCAUCGUCUUCGAAGUCGAUCUACGGGCUUUGUUCUUUCUGCCGAAAGCUUCUACCAUCUGAACUCGAUACCUUCCUCGAGCAAUAUGGUUCGUUGCGGGGCAAUUGUGUUGACUCGUCAGCUGAAGAGAGGGUUGCCGGUGCCAUUGCGGCGAUUAUACAGGCUGUUCCUGACCAAGACCGAAAGACGAGUGCCUCUCAAAAGCUACUAAGUAUGAUUGUAACGGAUGUCGAAAUCAGUUUACAGCUCUCGUCCCAACCGGAAGGUGUCCUUAUACCAACCGACAAUCCGGCGGCAAUUAGAGCCUUUGACGCACAAACUAGACGGGAAAUGGAAUCUUUUCCUGCAUCGGAAGUAUCACUACAACUAGCACUUCGAGCUCUUCGUUGCCUAUCUAGUAUGGCGAAAGGCCUAGAGGCAGAUACAAUCGAUGUUGACUCCGAUACUGAGGCCGAGGCUGAUACUGAUAACGACAAUAACCAAGCGCCGAUUAAUUCAGCUCUUAAUCAGAUGCAACUCGAUAUCAUGAAUAUUCUAGCUCGGAUUAAGGACACGUUCUCAAAUAGUAGUGAAGUUGUAGAAGUAAUAUCGUCCAUUAUUCGCGCCGGAUUUUCCGAGACCGAUCCAGGUCCAUUUGUUUUCCCACCACUGAUGUUGACCGAGUUUACUACAGGUAGAUGGCACAAGAAUGCUUCUACUAUGGUAAAUCUGGCAAGUGCAUUUGUCACAUCUGUGUUAUAUAGCAAUCAAAGGAAGUACAUUGGGGAGGUGGUUAACAAACUCAUACCUUGGGUUAUCGACCUACUAGAUCAGCUUUCAGCCCCCGAGGAAGAGCCUGAGUUGGCACAAUAUGGUGUAGAACUAGCACAGAGAAUUAUGGUUAGGUGUCCCGAAAUCUUCAUGGCUCAACCGGCAAAUCUACUUGAAUUUCUCUUCAUGUUCGCCCUCAAGGUACUGAACGGGAACGAACCGUUACCUAAACAAGCGGCUGCAGAUUUUUGGGCUACGUUCCUAACUCUCAAGACGGAAGACGAGAGUGUUCGGGCCAUUAUAAACAACGCAACAGUUUAUCUCGGCCCUAAGUUAUCAGAAGCGCUGAUUCAUAACUUCGGCGGUAAGGCUGCUAGAAGCGAGCUGAACAAGCUGUGCGAUCCGCUGAAGAAGCUUAUUACCCAACAUGUCAACGCCCGCCAAUGGUUACAAGACGCUUUGCAGGGCCCGUCGUUCCCUAGUGAGCUUGUAACAGCUGAGGAUAAGGAGCUAUUCCUUAAGAAAAUCAUCAUGCUCCGUGGUCAACGGCCGACGAAUUCAACCGUUAAUCAAUUUUGGGCGCGUUGUAGGGGAAUUGCUCUGAAUUAUACAGAUUGA